UAUUACUAUUGAUAGUAGCAAAAAAGAGUAUUAGCAAAAAGCGGGGGUGCGAAUAGCAUUGCCUUCAGCGAUUCCAUGAACCUGUGAUGACCAUGAAUAAGGAUCGAAGAAACAACAAAAACACAAAAACAGGAAGAUUUCUGUUUCAGUGUGAAACUUCAAUCUCUCUCGAGCUUCACUUCACUUCACUUCUUUGGACAAUCAAUUUGAGUUUCGUUUAAUUAUCUCUUCUUUUUGUUGUGGGUUCAAAUCCAACACCAUAUUACACAUUGUUAGAUCUGUAUCCUUCAUUCACCACUCUCAAGUGAUGAUAACUUGAACAAAGAAUCAAAUAUGGAGGGUGAUCUUCAAAAGUCAAUAUCUUCCCGCCUUAAUCGUAGAGGAGACCGGAGUAAUCAAAAUCCUCAAGCUAAAGAUUUUGAAGUGGGAUUAUUUUCUUCAGGGAGGGUACCACAAGAUUAUCCCAUGAAAAUUGUUUGGAAGAAAGGGUUUGUUCGAUUGGUUCUUGUUGGAGGGAUCUUGUGGAUGUUGUUAAUUCUUAUUGCAUUAUUGUUCCAUAUAUGGUCUUGUCAAUCUUCUGUCUCCUUUUUAUCAGCCAUGUGUAACAAAGAGAGCAAGGUUUACACCAUGUUAGACACUAUGGGACUUGUAACAAAACCUCACAGAUGUCCGAUUCCUGUUUCCAAUAACCCUGAUAAAAUAGUUAUCCCUACCGGAAGAACUUCCGACAAAAUUGUCAAAAAAUUAUUGUAUGUUACCGAAGAUGAGAUUCCAAAUAAUAGUUCUCAGUCAUCUCCUCUUUUUGGAGGCCAUCUAAGUUGGAAACAAAGAGAGGAGAGUUUCAAACUGAAGUCAAAUAUGAAGGUGCACUGUGGAUUUAUCCAAGGUGGUGGCGCUGAAAUGGAUCCUGUAGACAUUAAAUAUGUUAAGAAAUGCCAAUUUGUUGUUGCAUCUGGUAUUUUCGAUGGCUAUGAUCUACCUCAUCAACCAUCAAAUAUAAGCAUUCGCUCAAAGAAACUUUUUUGCUUUCUUAUGGUGGUGGAUGAGGUAUCUCUGAAGUUCAUGAGGGAAAAUGGUACUGUCAAAGAAGACAAUGCUGGUGGAAAAUGGGUGGGAAUUUGGCGACUUGUUCUUCUUAAGAACCAACCUUAUGAUGAACCAAGGAGGAAUGGGAAGGUUCCUAAAAUAAUAACACACAGGUUGUUUCCUCAAGCACAGUAUAGUAUAUGGAUUGAUGGUAAAAUGGAGCUCAUAGUUGAUCCUUUACUUAUCCUUGAGAGAUACCUAUGGCGAGGGAAGCAUACAUUUGCCAUUGCUCAACAUAAGCAUCACCGUAGUAUAUACGAGGAGGCUGAUGCAAACAAGAGGCGAAAGCGAUAUGCACGACCCUUAAUUGAUCUCCACAUGAAAAUAUAUUAUUACGAGGGGAUGAAACCAUGGAGUUCAAAUAAAAAUACUAUUAGCGAUGUCCCAGAGGGAGCCAUUAUCAUUCGGGAACAUACGGCCGUGAACAACUUGUUUAGUUGCUUGUGGUUUAACGAGGUUCACCUCUUCACACCAAGAGAUCAACUGAGUUUCGGCUAUGUUGCGUACAGAUUAGGGGACGCAUUCAAAUUCUUCAUGUUUCCCAACUGUGAAUACAAUUCACUGUUUGUGUUGCACCCUCACACAAGAGAGCACUCUUCUCCCAUAGAAUGGGUUAAAAAGAUAGAUGAACUUAAGGAUAGCAAUUUAAAAGAAAGUAGGGGGGGAUUAGGCUUGUUUACACCUUAUCCUGCGGAUCUUAAUUCAGUUGUUCUGCCACAAAUAACAAGAACAUCAAAAGCAGGAUGACAUUUUUGUUUAUUACUUUUAACAUAUUUAUUUUAUGUAUUUUUUAUUCUAAGGAUUUGUUGAUCCUAAUUAAUGAAAGUAAAGAUGAAGCUAGUCAAGCUUAUUUUGAGAAUUUAGAAAGACUUUCUGCCUUUUUGUCUUUCCUCUCAGUUGUUCAUAACUGGCAUUGUGAUAUUGGAAAUGACUGAAGUUACAAAACUUGGAGACUAAUCUUUUUCGACUAGUCUUGAGACAUAAAAGAUAAGUUGUUUU